AUGCUCACCUUUCGAAAAUCCUUGAUCGCAGCAUGCUGCUUGAUCGCCUUUAUCCUCAUCCUCCGAUCCUCCCACUCCUCGACCCCCUCGAACUCCCCGCCGAUCGCCCCCGAAGGCGCCAUUUACAAUAAUGACAAUGGAGAAACAGUGGCAGAGCAACCACAAGGACAAACGCAGCAGCAAACGCUGAAGCCUCUCGAGCCUGCUCCGAAUGCCCCCCUCCGCGAACGGUUACGAUACCAUUUCCCCUACGACCUAGAGAAAAAGUUCCCCGCAUACAUUUGGCAGACAUGGAAAUAUGCCCCCUCGUCCAUGUGGUUCGACUCCGAAUUGCGCGUUGCUGAAGCCAGCUGGACCGAUUUACACCCCGGGUUUGUUCACCAGGUCAUUACCGACGAUACCCAGCGCCACCUGGUCAAAUAUCUGUUCGCAUCACUCCCGGAUAUCUUCGAGGCGUACGAGGCAAUGCCUCUGGCCGUCCUCAAGGCCGACUUCUUCCGAUACCUCAUCCUGCUUGCCCGUGGAGGAAUCUACAGCGACAUCGACACAAGCGCCUUGAAGCCCGCGUCCGACUGGCUUCCAUCGCAACUGGACUUGUCGACGGUCGGGUUCGUCGUGGGCAUCGAGGCUGACCCCGACCGCCCCGACUGGAGUGACUGGUACUCGCGUCGAAUCCAAUUCUGCCAGUGGACCAUCCAGUCCAAACCGGGCCAUCCGAUCCUGCGCGACAUCGUAGCCCACAUCACCGAGGAAGCCCUGCGCAUGAAGAAGAAAGGUAUCCUCGCCAAGGGCAAGAUGGAUAAGACUAUCGUCGAGUUCACCGGCCCCGCGGCCUGGACGGACGCCGUCUUCCGCUACUUCAAUAACCCGGAUUACUUCAAUAUCGAACCGGGGACGACGAACGUCACCUACGAAGACUUCACCAACCAGGUCGAACACAAAAAGGUGGGUGAUGUGGUUGUCUUGCCCAUUACCAGUUUCAGUCCUGGUGUUCAGCAAAUGGGGGCGCAAGAUUAUGAUGAUCCCAUGGCGUUUGUCAAGCAUGAUUUUGACGGAUCAUGGAAAACAGACCCAUCGCUUUAA